AUGAAAAUGUGGUACUCCACAAUAUCGCUGGUGCUGCUUUUCCUGCUGCAAAUCGUAAAUUGCAAUAAAGAUUACUACGAGCGCUUAGAGGUUCACAAAGAAGCCUCAAACCAAGACUUGAAACAAGCAUACCGACGAUUAAGCAAGAAGUUCCAUCCCGAUAAAAAUCAGGGUAACGAAGAAGCAAAAACAAAUUUUGUUCAAGUGGCCGAAGCCUACGAGGUCCUCUCUGAUCCUGAGUCUCGCAAAAUAUAUGAUAGAUAUGGAUAUGAAGGGCUAAAACAAAGGCAACAAGGGGGUGGAGGGAACCACCAUGACCCCAUGGAUCUAUUUUCGCGCUUUUUUGGCGGUGGUGGCCAUUAUGGACACAAUCAAGGACAGCGACAGGGUCCGUCAAUGGAAGUUAAGGUUGAAGUACCCCUAUCAUAUUUCUACAACGGUCGCAAUACCGAUUUUAAGAUCGAAAAACAGCAGAUCUGCGACGAUUGUGGAGGCUCUGGAUCAUUAGACGGCAAAGUGGACACAUGUCACGCGUGCAAUGGGCAUGGCAUUCAGCUCAAGAAAAAAAUGUUAGCCCCUGGUAUAUACCAACAAAUGCAGGUGACAUGUGACACAUGUAGAGGGCAAGGGAAAACUAUCAAAAAUAAGUGCCCGGUUUGUCAUGGAAAUCGUGUGGUUCGCAAAGAGACUACAUUUUCUUUAAACGUGGAAAAAGGCAUGCCAAGCGGGAAGGUAGUAGUAUUUGAGAACGAGGCGGACGAAAGCCCAGACUACAUCGCGGGUGAUCUUUACGUCAAAGUCAUCGAAAAAGAACCAGCUAUUGAAGAUGAUCUAGAAUCAAGAGUUGAUGGUGUAUUCUUUCGCCGCAGAGGUGACGAUCUUUAUUGGAAAGAGAUUUUAUCUCUAAGGGAAGCCUGGCUCGGCUCAUGGACUCGAAAUCUAACUCAUCUGGAUGAACACAUAGUUACACUGAGCCGGUCUCGAGGUGAAGUUGUUCAGCCAGGGCAGGUGCAACGCAUCGAAGGAGAGGGAAUGCCAAAGUGGCAUGAAAAUGGAGAUAGUGUAUAUCAUUCGACCGAUUAUGGUGAUCUCUAUGUCGAGUACACUGUAGUAUUGCCUGAUCAGAUGGAGAAAAAAUUCGAAGAAGAUAUAUGGUCUCUUUGGGAAGAAUGGCGGAAGAAGAAUGGAGUCGACCUUCAACAAGAUAGCAACAGGCCAACUAAAUCAUCUGGCACCAGUGAGAAGGAUGAAUUAUAA